AUGCACAUCCUAGUCAGCGGCGCAGGAAUAGCAGGGAGCACCUUGGCGUGGUGGCUCGCCCGCACAGGCAUCCGCGUGACCCUCAUCGAGCGAGACCCCUCAUCGGUAGGCAAGGGCCACAACAUCGAUGUGCAGGGCUCGGCCCUCUCCAUCCUCGAGCGCAUGUCCCUGCUCGACACGCUCAAGGCCAACAAUACAGGAGAGCGAGGCACGACGGUCAUCGAUCAACAUGGCAAGACGCUCGCCUCCUUCCCGCUCGAGACAGGGUUGAGCCCGACGAAUCCGCACGAGAUACUCAGAGGUGACCUCUGUGGAUUGCUGCACGCUGCAGCGAUGAAGCAGUCGGGUGUGCAGACCGUCGUUGGCCGGAUUGACCCCGGGUCGGUGCUGGUCAACGAGAAGGGCGUCACCGCCUCCCUGCAUGACGGGCGACCCCUCAGCGGCGACGCACUCGUGAUCUGCGACGGGCAGUGGUCCCAUCUACGCUCGCACCUGUACGACCCGUCUGACAUUACGGUGGUGGACAAGAACUUUUUCUCCUUCUAUGCGACCAUCCCUCGCGAAGAGCAGGACGGCGAUCAAUGGUGGCUGUGCUCGGUGGAUCGCAGACGGAUGCUCACCACCCGCCCGGACCCACACGGUUCUACGCGCGCCAUGCUUCUCAAAGUGCCCUGCGAUGCGCGCGAGAAGGAGAGCCUCGAGGCGGCAUCCCGCGCUCCAAUCGCACACCAAAAGGCCCUCGCCCGCACCCUCUUCUCCUCUACCGGCUGGCAGGCAAAGCGCCUCUGCGACGGCAUCGACAAGUCAGACGACUUCUACCUGCACAAUGUCAAACAGAUACGCAUGGCGCGCUGGGUCACGCAAGAUCGCAUCAUCUGUCUAGGCGACACGGCGUACUGUCCCACCCCCCUCACAGGGAUGGGAGCUCCCCUCGCCAUCCUGGGCGCUUACACACUGGCGGGGGAGCUAUCUAUCCUCGAAGAUGACGCGACGCGGAUCCCUCAAGCCUUUUCACGCUACGAGAAAAUCUAUCGAGAGCAUGUUGAAAAGGCACAGGAGAUUCCAUUGGGCAGUCUGCUGCCGGGUAUCGCGCUGCCUUCCUCCUGGCUCGGGGUGACCGUCCUGCGUACAUUUUUAGCUUGCCUCGCACGCCUCUGCUCGACGCCGUGGAUCGCCGAUCGGCUCAGGGGGGACGGGAAA